ACGAUGCUGAUGUUGUUGGCAAAGAUUCAAUAGGUGAUUGCAAAGUUAAAUUGAAACAUGUCUUCGACGAUGGUAAAUUUGACGAAUGGGUCAAACUACCGUCAAUGCUCGGUUUGUCGUCCCAUGGUCAAAUUCAUGUCGUCAUGAAUUUUAGACCGUCCUAA